CUGCUUCUCCUUCUCCUGGCAACCCUACUACAGGUCACCAUGGUUACACAUGUGUCACGUGACUAGCAACAUAAACAAUUUUCCAGCAAGCUAACCUUCCAAGUAAGCUAACUGUGUUCCACUGGAACAACAGUGUUUUUCACUUGAUGUAAGCUAAACGCUGAGAUGUGGCGGCAAUGGCGGUAUUUACUCCUCGUGUGUCGGAUUAUACGAUAGUUUCUGAGAGUGGAGCAUCAUGUCGAGGAGGGAAAAAGACGUGUACGGUUGAGAAAUGGAGAGCAGUUCCGAUCCGCUGAGCUGAAAAAUGGGAGCAAGCGCUUCGCUGUCGCUUUGUAACGACGCAUCUUCAGUGAGAAUCCUGAGGCCCAGUGCUAAGGUCAGCCCAGAGCCCAUUGUUCCCACCCUGGAUUCAGAGCCUGAACUGGUCACCAGGUGUGUGUUUGGUGUUGCCUUGGAAAAACUGAGAGAGGAUGGGCAGAUGGUCCAUGGCAUACCCCUUGUGCUGAGGGACAUGGUGGAGUUCCUGGAUAAGAAUGGAAUGCAGUACAGAGGACUGUUCCGGCUUUGUGGCUCAGUGGUGCGGACCAGGCAGCUGAGGCAGCGCUGGGACAGUGGAGAGAGAGUUGACAUGGAGCGAGAUGAGCAAGACGUCCCCACUGUGGCCUCGCUACUCAAACUCUUCCUUCGGGAGCUGCCCACUCCCGUAGUUCCUGAACCCCAGCGCAAACAGUGGGUUCUAAGCCUCACAGGAUUUGCAGAUGAAACAGAGAUGAACCAGUCUCUGAGAGAAAACCUUUGCCGCCUCCCUGAUGACAACCUUUUUAUUUUGUCUUACCUCAUCCACUUCCUAUCCAGAGUGGCGGCUCACAGCCAAUCAAAUCACAUGCCUGUGGAAAAUCUGGCAACCAUCUUCGGGCCUUGUAUAUUCCACGUUCCAGUGGGACCCAGGAUGCUGGAGGAGCAGAGUGUGUGUAACGCCCUGUUGCUCCAUCUUAUCAUACAUUCUCAAGUUCUCUUUCCGUUACCAGCCAAGGAGUCAGUGGCCUCCUCAAUUGCCUCCUCCUCACCCCCUCCUCCGACUCUUUCUGCGCUCUCCCACUUUGAGGGACGACCCAGUAGUAGUUGUCACUCAGAGCAGAGCCGUGUGGAAGAGAGGCUGGGCGGAGAGACCAGGUCAGUCUCAGCGAGGAAUGCGUUGAUGAAAACUCAUCUCAACAGUCCUGACACACUGGUGCAGGGUUGUGAAACCAGCUCUGACGUCAGCACUGACAUUCAGAAGCUGAUUCCAGACCAGGAAACUCUGGAGGAGAGCAGUGACAGUACAGAGGCCACUGACUCGGGGUCAGAGCACCACCUGCACCAGAGCCAGCUAUCCAAAAGCGACCGGGGAGAGCCACAUGAUUUGGUGCUUACCCUGAAAGGGAUUUUUUCGCAACACAAGAUGCUACCAUUCACUUCUAUGUCAACUGAAAAAGAGGAGGAAGAAGCAGACGAGGUGGAAAGUAGAACGACUCCUUCUUCAUCCAUCGUAGAGGACUGUUCAACGGCCUCCACAGAUGCAGGCAACACUUCAUUUAUUCCAGACAGCUUCGUAGAGAAAGCACAGACUCAGCACACAGAGAGCAUGCAGUGCAACAUGGAGGACCAGGCAGAAGACCGAACCAAAGUGUCCAAGCUGAAGGGCAGAGGAGGAGGAGGAGGAGGAGGAGGGUGUAGCGGUUCUCCUGACAGACACAAUGAUUGCAGAGGCAGGAACAACAGCCAUGACAGCCCUUCCCUUAAGCUACAAGCCCUGGAGGCUGACUUGGGACCUUUGCCUUCAUCAGGAGACCCCCAGUCUCAGGAGAACCCACCUGCCCAGCAACAGCCUCUUUCUGCUGAAAAGCAGAGCCUGUUUUUGACCCACAGGCUGCCUCUCCACUCGCCACCGUCACCACCAGCUCAGGAGCAGCAGAUCGUCGACUCAUCACAGCUGGUACAAACCCCAUCCCCUCUUUUUUCAAAGUCCAGUCUUGCCUCUUCCAAUGCCGUUCUUUCCGAGGGGAUUUCAGGAAACGGCAGUCUGCCGAGCCCACCGGGCCCUCACACCAGCCCACUCCUCUCCCAUUUUAUGACGACUGACUGCCCGGUUCCCUCACCACGCUGCCCCAACCUCAGUCAUAGCCUGCGCUACAACCUUGACCCUGAUGCAGCGCCCUCUCCACCGUGCUCACAGCACAUACGCAUGGCUCGCAGCGCUGUCCAUACUGAGCCAGACGAGGGCUCUGUGUCCAUCUCCACGCUCAACAGACACAUUCACACCCUGAGGAAGAGGAUCAGGCGCUUUGAGGAGCGGUUUGAACAGGAGAAGCACUACAAGCCGGCCCACAACGACAAGACAGCACAUCCAGAGGUCGCCAGACUGAUGAAGGAGCUCAUCAAGAGUCGCAAGCAGCUCAAAGAGCUGAAGCUGAGACAGUCAGACGAAGUGGGGCUGAGAGGGCAGGGAGGCACCGAUAUGGACCAGAAGGAGGCAGCUCUUACAGGGACGGAGCUGCAACAGCUCAACAACAACAGCAACACCAAACCAAAUGUGGAGGAAACGGUCAACACAAUAGCAAACCGACUGAAGGAAAGACGACGAGAGAUGGGUCUGCCUGAAAGUGUUAAGGAGAUGUCCCAUUUCCAGAUGACUAUGGAGAAAACCAGCCUGCAGAAGUGUUUGCUCUACUAUGAGAGUCUGCAUGGACGACCGAGCACCAGGCAGGAGCGGACUCUGAUGAAACCUUUCUACGAUCGCUACCGCCUCCUCAAGCAGAUGCUGCAUUCCUCUGCUGUUGCAACAGUCAUCACGACCAUAGAGGAAGAGGAGGGCUCUGAUGAAGAGCGUCCAAAACAGCGAAGCCCCAGGCAGCAGCCGCUCUGGCUGACGACCCCGAGAUGUCUGUCUUCAGAUGAGUCGCUGCACCUGCCCUCGCUAGAAAUGUCUGAAACACCUCUGGUGUCCCCGCUGGACGAGGUGAAGGGUCUUCAGCCGCAGACCAUCACCAUGGCAACAAUUCAUGAAGCCUCCAGACAAGAAUUACUAGAUCACUUCAGGGUGGCACGAUCAGAGAAGCACAGGCUCCACCAAGCACUCCAAGAGUUCGAGGAGCAUUUCUACAGGCAGACUGGCAGGGCUUGUCAGAGGGAGGACCGUGGGCCGAUGGCGGAGGAGUACUGCCAGUACAAGAACCUCAAAGCGAAGCUCCGUCUACUGGAGGCCCUGCUCAGUAAACAACAGGACUCAACCAAGAGCAGUUGAGUGAACUCACAGUGGGAUCAAACUUAACAGGACUCGGACUGUUUUCUGAAAAAAAUCAGGUUGUGAAGCCGGUGGUCUUGUUUCAUGCCAUGCUCAUUAUGUCGAUGCACUUUACAUGAAGAAAACUGAUGGAAAUUGGUGACAGUCUGAAUUAUAAUGCUGGGCAACUGCAGAGUCUUUUUAGUCCCAGAAACACAUCCCUUGUCGUCCCUGACGCAUCUUAUUACAAACCCAAUGUAGCAAGUGUAUUCAAUGUAUCACUAAUUCAUGUGAAGGAUGAAGCGCUGUAACAACUUGAUGUUAGUUACAUAUAAGUCUUUUUUUUUAAAGAUUACUGUAUGUGUAUUAUUAUGGCACCUUUGUUACUUGCUUUUUUUUCCCCCCGGUGCCAACAUACUAUUCUUGGACAGCUUUGUCCAUGGUUAAUGUGGAAACUGCAUUUUCUUCUUUUUUUUCUCAAAAAGUGCUAUUUUGACACACAAAAAAAAGGUGUAAGCUUAAAUGCUAUUAAUGAGACAAUCCUGUCGUGUUUGUGCAUGUCGGUUUUAAGUCCUACAUUGUGCUAUGAUAUGCAUCGAGAAUUUCAUAGUUGAUCUGAAUCGUUCAAUUUACAUCUUCACCUUGAAAAAAAUGUGAACGUUGGUGAACGUCGACAUUGUAGUGCAAGUUGUAUCUGCUGUCCAAUUUGUGUUUACCCCCCUCCCCCAUUUUGCUUUUAUGAAGUUAAUGCCCCCUAAAUGCAUUUGUUGACAAUGAUCAGAGCUUUUGACCUUGUGCACUUCUGGUUUAUAUAGUUUUCUAUAUAUAUAUAUAUAUAUAGAUAUAUAUAUAUGAAUGUAUCAAUAAAAAUAAAUAUUUUUUCACAUUUAUUCUGCUAAACACAGUUUAUGGUUCUACUUUCUUUCUUUCCACUGACUACAACAAAAGAAGAGCGACUGUUGCAGAGAAGGUUGCUAUGGUAGAGGUACCGACAGCUGUCAAACUCAUGCUGCACAGAACUGCAUCAUGCUUUUUUUUAAAAGGUUAACAAGUUAACAAGUAGUUCACACUUGGUCAUUAAAAGACUUAGUGAAUACACAUUUCAGAGGCUGUUGCAUUAGUACUGUUAAGAUUCCACAGCGGUUUUUUUAAUACCUUUGGUAUAAAGAAAGAUGACUCGAUGCUGCAGCCCUAGAAACUUGUAGUACCAGUCUGUGCCACUAGUCGAAGGUAAAAAGAAGUCGAACUUGUCUAUCGUGGAAUGAGAAGAAAAACAUUUCUAAAACGUCAAACAGUCAAAAGUAACUGGAAACAACAGAAUGCUUGUCCACUCAGACAGUGGACGCUUCAUUAACAGCAUAUCAAUAAUAACAAGGCAAAGGUCAUUAACAAAAUAUGGGACAACGUAUUAAAAUAAACACCAGGAUAUUGAAUAGAAGCAGCCCAUGUUAGUACAGUUAAAGGGUUUGGUCAGUAUGCCAGUGUUCGCUUGCAAGGUGGAUGGCUGGAUGUGUGAUGUUGGUGUCCCAGGAUUCAAUUGCUCAGUUUCACGUUUGUUUUCAACAACCCUGUUCAGAUGAGGAGACGGCGGUGCAGGUGUUUUGGAGUGUCAUCUUUUUUUCUCUCCACUCUUCUUUGGGAAUGAUGGUCUCUAGAGAGUACAGAACGGUGUCAGAGAUAUGUUGGUGUGCAUGUCUGGGAGCCUACUAAAAUCUGCUGCUUCAUGCAUGUGUUGGUCUGCUUCGUCAGUACGUGUGUACUUCCUGUGUGUGCGUAGAGGUCAGUCACCUCUAGUCCUUC